AUGACCACCACCCUCCACUACUUUGCCCACUCCUCCACAGACCAAGGGAAAGUUAACGUUAAGAACGUCCAAAUGGCACUGUUUCAUAUCUGGCCUUACAGCACUGAUGUCACUGUCCUGUGUGUCAUCUGCUUCAUAACGCAGAGGAGGCAUUGAGCCAGGUGGCCCUUCAUAACCUCCAUGUGUUGCUUUAAUGGUUCGGGCUGCAUGGGUGAACACAAGUCUGUGGAUGACAGUGUUGGCACAGGGGAGGUGGAAAAGCCCAGGCCACCUCACCUUCUUUUUAUCAUGGUGGAUGACCAGGGUUAUGGAGACAUCGGCUACCAUGGCUCAGACAUCCACACACCUGUACUGGACCGGCUGGCAGCAGAGGGGGUCAGGCUGGAAAAUUAUUAUGUCCAGCCUAUCUGCUCCCCUUCUCGCAGUCAACUCAUGACAGGGCGCUACCAAAUUCACACUGGACUCCAGCAUUCGAUCAUCCGAUCCCGUCAACCCCUCUGCUUGCCCUCAGACAUUCCCACCCUGCCAGAGCAUCUAGCUGAAGCAGGAUAUGCCACACACAUGGUGGGGAAAUGGCACCUCGGCUUUUGCAGGCCGAGCUGUCUGCCCACAGGACGUGGAUUUCAGAGUUUCCUAGGCACCCUCACUGGCAGUGGAGACCACUUCUCUUACAGGAGCUGUGAUGGCGCUGAGGCAUGUGGAUUCGACCUGCAUGAUGGAGACAGGCCUGCCUGGGAGAUGAGGGGCAACUACUCCACCUUGCUGUACAUCGAGAGAGCAAAGGAAAUCCUGAGGAGCCAUGACCCUCGUAAACCACUUUUCCUCUACUUGUCACUUCAGGCUGCCCAUACACCCUUGCAGGUACCCAACCAUUUUCUGCACCACUAUAACUCUCAGGAAAACCGGGUCAGGCGCCAUUAUGCAGCUAUGCUGAGCUGCCUGGAUUAUGGGGUUGGACAAGUGGUUCAGGAACUGAGGACUACUGGGCUCUAUAAAGACUCAGUUCUGAUCUAUUCGUCUGAUAAUGGUGGGCAACCACUCUCUGGGGGGAGUAACUGGCCACUGAGAGGUGGCAAAGGAACCUACUGGGAAGGGGGCAUUAGGGCUGUGGGCUUUGUGCAUAGCCCUCUCCUGAAGAAUAAGGGUGUAGUCAGCAGAGCAUUGAUCCAUGUUUCCGACUGGUUUCCAACGCUACUGGGGCUAGCUGGGGUCCUUAAGUCCCAUCAUGGUUUGGAUGGUCAUGAUGUGUGGGGGACCCUCAGCGAGGGACAUGUCUCUCCCCGCACUGAAAUACUUUUCAACAUUGACCCAGUCUCCAGGAAGCCUGGGGAGCCAUAUGACAAGGCAUUACUCAAUGGCUUUGGGAUAUGGGACACCGCCGUAAGGGCAGCAAUAAGGGCUGGGGACUGGAAGCUACUGACAGGAAAUGUGGGUGACGGGGACUGGAUACCACCACAGGCUCUUCCUGAUGGCCCAGAACGUUGGCAGAGACUUGAGAAGCGACGCAAUGAGCCAGGGAAGUCAGUGUGGUUGUUUAAUGUCUCUGCUGAUCCCUACGAGAGAUCAGACCUGGCAGAAGCUCGUCCAGAGGUGGUGAAACAUCUCCUGAUCAGACUGGCAGAGUACAACCAGACAGCAGUGAUGGCCAAGAAUCCACCAGAUGAUCCUAUGGCAGACCCUGAGCUCCAUGGAGGGGUGUGGAGUCCCUGGCUGGGCCUGGAGGGGCAGGAGGGACAUAAUGGAGAGGGGGAUGGCAGGAAGGAAAGGAUUAUGAAGAUGAAGCACUGCAAACUUUGCAAGUUAAAAGCUCUCUUCAAAAAGGUGGGGUCACGCCUGCAGAGGAACAGCCUCUUCUAAAUUAACCAAUACUAACUAGACAAAGGGUUUAGUAUGCUUCAAGGGAACAACAUUGGACAAAGUGCCGACUGAAUACAUUUAAAGUCAGUUAUAUAGAAACGACAUGGAUAAUAGUGGCCUUGGUUAACAGCUGAGCCAAAGAAAAUGUUGACAAAGUGAGGAGAGACGUGGAGAAUCAUUAAAUGAGGAAAGGACUUCAUUUGAAGCUUAGUGAUACCUUGACCAUGAAACAUAUAAAUAAAUAUAUGGAUGGAGCUAAACAAAACCAGCAGAAAAACAGGCAGGUCAGAUAGACAAGAUAGACAAGAUAGACCCUGAAUCAAAUACUGAAGAUCGGCAGAUAAACAGGCAGCCUGAAAGACAAAGCAGACAGGAGUCUGUGGCUGACUGAGCAAGCUGACUCACCCACUGUCCUGUGGCCAAAACUGCAGCAAGAUGACUUUGGGCUGCAGUUGGACUACAUAGGGAGCAAAGAGUGUGUCAUUGUGCUUGUAUGUCUGUGCUCAUGAAUAGUUUGUUUAAUACAGAUAGAGUAAGUGAAUAUGGAAGUGAGGCCUAAAGAGAUGUGAAGAAGAAGAAGAAAGGCACAGAACAUGACCUCUUGAUGUCUCAUCUUGUAAUCAUCCAAAAGGACCCUUCAAGGAUGACACAAAGACCCACGGGGGUUGUUUUCUGUCAAAUGUUACUUUGGUCUUGUUCUUGGAGGUUAUAUUGAUUCAUGUCUGCUUAUCCUGUAGCACAAUGCUCUGCCUUUAAAUGACCUCUGACCAAACCAAAGCAUGAUGUCCAUUCCCUGCAGCGAUGACUGACCAACUGAAGCUCAACUGAUACUCUCAGUCCUCUCUGGAACUUCGAACGUUACUGAACUCAUAUUGUGUUUUACAUUUCUGAACACUGAUUCAAAUUCUCUGAAUAAUAAACAUAAAUAUAACAAAUAA